UAAUCCAAUGCUCUAGUGCUUUAACCUGUCCAAAGCUCAUAGGCUGAGACAUGUCAGGUCAUCUCAUGCAUUCAAAAUCAUCUAAUGCUGCUUCUUUCGACACGUCUGCAACGCCUAACGUAAUAAAAUUCAGUACGACGCCUGUGAAAUCUAACGGUCGUUAAUCAUCCACUCGUUUCUGUUCAUCAUGUCUUACUCCAAGCCUCUAGUCUCGGAUCCGAACCUAUAAACGGACAAGAUCAAAGACAUUCAGUUUGACGGUGAAGAUUAAAUCCGUCACCUACAAAUUCUAUUUAUAAUUUAUCGCGGGACACACUGUGAGAGGGGGAAGGAAAACUGAGGAAUUAUUUCGUUAAGAGUUGGAAAGUAAUUUUUUAAAUUUCUGAAAGUUGAGGUUUCGAAUUCGAAAACGGUGAGUCAGAUAGGGCGAGCCAUGGCUGACGCUGAGCAUCAUCACAAAGAAUCGCCUGUUGAAUCGGUGAUGGACAAGAUAACGGAAAAGAUCCGUGACCACGAUAGUUCAUCGUCGUCGUCGGAGUCUGACGAUGACAAGAAAUCGGCUUCAUCACCGUCCAUGAAGGACAAGGGUUUUCGUCUCUUUGGAAGAGAGAAGCCUGUUCACAAGGUUCUCGGUGGUGGAAAACCGGCGGAUGUUUUCUUGUGGAGGAACAAGAAGAUAUCAGCUGGAGUACUUGGUACUGCAACUGUUAUAUGGAUUUUGUUUGAAUUGAUGGAAUACCACCUUCUCACGCUUGUCUGCCACUGCUUGAUAGUGGCACUUGCCAUGCUUUUUUUGUGGUCUAACGCCACCUUGUUCCUCAACAAGUCUCCUCCUCGCAUCCCUGAAUUUCAUAUCCCUGAGGAGCCUGUUUUACAAGUGGCUGCUGCGCUUAGGAUUGAGAUUAACAGGGCUUUUUCCAUUCUGAGAGACAUUGCCUCUGGAAGGGACCUGAAGAAGUUCCUAUCUGUCAUUGCUGGCUUGUGGGUUUUGUCUAUUGUGGGUAGCUGGUGCAAUUUCUUAGCCUUGUUCUACAUAGCUUUUGUGCUGCUUCACACUGUGCCUGUGUUAUAUGAGAUGCAUGAGGAUCAGGUGGACUCAUUUUCUGAGAAGGCAUGCAUGCAAAUCAAGAAGCAAUAUGCUGUCUUUGAUGCCAAGGUGUUAAGUAAGAUUCCUAGGGGGCCAUUGAAGGAUAAGAAGAAGGUUUAGAAUGGUGUAAGUUAUGGUUGUCUGUAGGUUCUGACAUACAUUUGGUAGAAGUGAUUAAUCUAGGUGUUACUUAUUAAACUUCAUCCAAUGUUAGCUGCAACCAUGUUUUCAUCCUAUUUUGUUCUAGGCCAGUUGGGUUCUUUAUGUGGAUGAAAUGUUUUUUUUUUUUCCUUUCCUCCUUGUUUUUGCUACAUGUGGUAGCUUUUUCCUUGGAUAUGCAACAAGUGAUACGGUGAUGUGUUAUAAUGUUGAUUUUCUAUUAAUGCAUUGUACAUCAUGUUCCAA